GAGGAGGCAGUAUGCCCCACGUGCAGCAGCGACACCAGCAUGCGUUUGGGGAAGCUGCUGCAGUGCUACGAGAAGCUGCGGGGGCUGGUGGACUCCCUCAUGUCGAGCAAGAAGAGGGGCGAGUUGGUGAGGCAGCUGCCAGGGAAGAGCCAGGACGAGGAGGUGCUGAAGCGCAUGCAGGCUGCCAUCCUGCAGAUGCAAGGGGAGUAUGAAAAGCUCAACUCUGUCACGGGGAGCCUUCUGGAUGACAGUCGCCAGCAGCGGAAAGAUAUCGAGGGUCUGUUCCAGUCCUUGGAGAGGCUGGAGAAGGAGAAGGCAGACAAGGAGGACCUGGAGCUCGGAAUGGAUGAGAAAGCAGACAAAGACGCCUUGGAAAGCAAAGUCAGCCGCGCCCAAUUUGAGGCGAGCCUGGAGCUGCUGAAGGAGAGAAACCAGGAGGUGCUGAGCCGGCUGACAGGCCAGGAGCAGGGGCUGCACGAGGUCCAGCAGCAGCUGCGGGAGGAGAUGGCCUCCAAGCUGGAUCGCCUGGAGCUGGGGCUGUUCCAGCAGCAGCUGGAUGAACACUGGAAGAGCAGCCUCAAGCAGCUCAAGGAAAGGGCACCACCAAUGGAAGCUGACGAUGCAGCUGGGAUUAGGAAGCAGCUGCUGGCAGAUUUCCAGUGCCUGUCUUGUGACAAGCAACUCAACAUGCGGGUGCCUGGCUCGCCUAUCCCGCCCAUCCAACCACUUCCACCGCUGGUCCCUCACAUCACUGGACAACCCCACCCUGUUCUAAAGACGGAGCAUACCCACAGGGAGCGGAUGGCUGCAUGCAGGUACCCCGCCUUGCCACGGCAGUCUGGGGGCCAGCAUACCCUCACACACCCGCUGCAGCGCAGCCUGCACCUCCAGCUUCUCCAGCCCAGUGCCCCACAGACACUCCAGCCCUCCACGCUGCUCCCCAGCAAGCACGACAAGAUAGAGCUGUUGGGCCAGGACAGCCGCAGGACUGACCCCUGCUCCUCAGCCCCAGGCACCACUGGCCCACUGGAGCAGAGGUCGGCCUCAUCCCACAGCCACCUUCUCCAAGUACACCGGCCCCACCCACCCCUACAGCCUCGUAGGAUGGAUGCAGCAACCCGGCGGCCGGGAAGGACUGGGGGUCACUGGCAGAAUCCACCCCAGCAGGCGAGGAAGUAG